GAAAGCUUCCCAUUUGGAGGAAGAAACACGGUGCUUCAACUUCAGACGAAAGAAAAUUCUCUCUCUAAAAAACUAUUUUCUUUUUCUCUCCAAUCCCUAAUUUUCUCUCCUCUCAAUCUUUUGAAUUUUUCUCUUCAAUUAUCAUACUUCUCAAUCCAUUACUCUCAUACAUAUACAUACGUCUGUAUAGCUCUCCUCAUUGUUUUUUCUUUCUUCAAUAUAGAAUCGAUAAAAUCUUCAUCUCUAGUGUAUGGUAUUUCAUAAUCCAACAUAGAAGUCUAUCCCUCUAAUAAUACAUGUAAAAAUUUCUUUCUGAUCUUCCAUGGAUCCGACGAGUAUUGACAGCUUAUGAUUACUGCAGAGUGAAUGACAGAGAGAUAUGGGAUUAGAAUCCGCCGGUGGGUUAUUUGAAUCAUCAAAAGACCCCCGAUUUUCGUCUCAAAGCGCCCAAUUUAAUUGCUGAUUAAUCGGGGUUUUUCGGUUCUGUUUGCUGUUAUCUUUUUUCGUUCUCAUUGCUCGGUAGGAUCAAUGGAGCAGUUAGGCACGGUCAGUCGGUGGAUACAAGCUUGAUUUGUUCUUCUGGGUCAUGGAUGAGGUCAGUUCUAGCAAUGAAGGUGGAACUCGAGGUUGCGAAGUGGGCUCCGAGGAGCCAUCAACUGCGCGGUGGCGGCCCAGGCAGCUGGUUUUCGGGCCUUAUCCGCCACGGAUUGAUGCCGCAAACAAGGCGCAACCUCUGCGUGUUGCCGUGAGGAGACCUUUGGUGGCAAGAUUGACAAAAGACAUAGUUGAAACAUACCAAAUUUGCAAUCCACAAUUCAAGUAUUCAGAAGAAUUAAAUUUGAAGCGGUUUUUAACUAGCCCAUCAAUUGGAGUCCUCAAUGAUGGCUAUGAUAAUGUCAACUCAGAUCUUAUACUAACAGUGAACUAUGUCUUGGUCAAUUCAGACACACAGAGAAGAUAUGUUGUCAAAGAUGUACUUGGCCAUGGGACAUUCGGGCAGGUUGCUAAAUGCUGGGUUGCAGAAACACACAGUUUUGUUGCUGUGAAGAUAAUUAAAAAUCAGCCUGCUUACUACCAGCAGGCACUGGUUGAAGUGUCUAUUUUGACAACGUUAAACAAGAAGUAUGAUCCAGAGGACAAACAUCAUGUUGUACGUAUUUAUGAUUACUUUGUACAUCAACGACAUUUGUGCAUUUGCUUCGAACUGCUUGACACAAACCUGUAAGUUUUAGCAC